AUGCUGCUGGCUGUGCUGCUGCUGCUGUCCCUCCCAGACCCGCCGUCUGCCCACGGGUACCCGCUGUCCCUGCGCCUGCCCCCCAGCACCCUGCAAGCUCUGUCGGCCCAGGGGACAAAGGCAUUGCAGGCUGCCCAGAGGAGCGCCCGGCGCGCUGUAAACCUAGUGGCGAUGGAGAUCCAGCAUAGGCUGCGUGAGUGCCGAGGACCUGGGCGCACCAGGCCUCAAGCGCCCCUGCUCCAGGAUCCACCUGAGCCAGGACAGUGUGGCCAGAGGCGUGGGGACACGGUCAAUGUGACGCAGCCCCAGGGCCGCAUUGUGGGGGGCAGCGCUGCACCUCCUGGAGCCUGGCCCUGGCUGGUGAGGCUGUACCUCAACCGGCAGCCUCUGUGCGGUGGCGUUCUGGUGGCGGCGUCCUGGGUGCUCACAGCGGCGCACUGCUUCGCGAGCUGCCCUCCGCCCCGCAGCGCCCCGGACGAGCUUCUGCGGACAGUGACGCUGGCCGAGGGGCCCCGGGGGAGCAGGGAAGAAGUGCGAGUGAACCGCAUCUUGCCCCACCCUAAGUUUGACCCGCGGACCUUCCACAACGACCUUGCCCUGGUACAACUGUGGACGCCGGCGAGCCCGGCAGGGGCGGCGCGCCCCGUGUGUCUGGCCCAAGGACCCCGGGAGCCCCCCGCCGGCACCGCCUGCGCCAUUGCAGGCUGGGGGGCUCUCUUCGAAGACGGGCCUGAGGCUGAGGCGGUAAGGGAGGCCCCCGUGCCCUUGCUCAGCGCCGACACCUGCCGGAGGGCCCUGGGGCCCGGGCUGCACCCCAGCACCAAGCUGUGUGCCGGGUAUCUGGCCAGGGGCAUCGACUCGUGCCAGGGUGACUCUGGAGGCCCCCUCACCUGCUCUGAGCCUGACCCCCACCCCAGAGAGGUCCUGUAUGGAGUCGCCUCCUGGGGGGACAGAUGCGGGGAGCCCGGGAAGCCUGGGGUCUACACCCGUGUAGCCGUGUUCAAGGACUGGCUCGAGGAGCAGAUGAGUGCGCCCCCCUCCAGCCGCGAGCCCAGCUGCAGGGAACUUCUCGCCUGGGAACCUCCCGAGGAGCCACUAGCAGACGCCCUCCCGCCCUGCGCCUUCUACGCCCACCUGUGCCCGGGACCCGAGGGGGCCUGUGCGCCCCUGGCGCAUCAGCAGUGCGUGCAGCGCCGACGGCGAUGCGAGCUGCGUUCGCUGGCCCACACGCUGCUGAACCUGCUGCGGGGAGCCCAGGAGCUGUUCGGCCCGCGCCCGGGGAAGCGGCGCCUGGCCCCGGCCCUGGCUCGCCCCGCUCGGUCGCUCCAGGAGCUUCCUAGGCACCCUGCCCGAGAGCAGCGGCCGCACCCAGAGUUUCCGGCUCCAGGCGCCCUGUUGCCGAAGCGGAGGCCAGGGCAGCGCGGAGACGCGCACGGUUGUGCUGGCCUGGAACCCUUGCGGCAGAAGUUGGCCACCCUCUGGGACACCCAUACCUGGAUCCUGCAGGUCCCCACUGAGCGCCUGGCCAUGGACUUUCAGGAGGGCCUGGCCGAUCUGGGCUCCAAGACAGUAAUGGGGCUCUUCCCAGCCUGGGUCCGAGCAGGCUUGGGGGGCCAGCACGUGGUCUUUGGUGGCCUGGUGGGCCUGGAGCCGGCCACACUAGCUCGGAGCCUUCCCUGGCUGCUGGUGCAGGCCCUCCGGGCCCUCCGCUUGGCUGCUCAGGCCAAGGCAGAGCCCCAGGGGGCCCGGGCGGGUGCGGGGCAGAGCCGGGGGCUGGGGGGAAAGGACCACCACCCGCCUGGCCCUCAGGUUCGCCCACCCAGGCAGCCAUGA